AGUACUUUCUCAUUACUUAAUAGAUUGGGUUUGGGAAUUUUGUUUGUUGUUUUGUUUUAUUGGGUUGUUGUUGUUGUUUUGCUCUAAAUGUGGAAUGAACUUGGUGUUAUGUGUUCCAUAUAUUGAGAAGUUGGGUAUUGGGUCUAAUUUCCAUGUGUUUAUUGAUGAGAAAUGGGAAAGAUAAUGCUUCACAUAGAGUCUGAUGUUUUGUGUCCUUUUUCUCUCUUGUCCCUCACCUCUUCCUUCCUUUCACCCACAAAUAUUCUGCAUAGACAGACUUCAGUCGAGUGCAGCAGUUCAUUAUGUAUAUUUGUAUGUACAUGCUUAUCAAAACUUCGUAAGUGUAGGUGAGGAAAUUCUCUGAAUUGAGUAACCCCAGUAGUUUCACAUCACAAUGGCUGAUUUGUAAUGGUCAAAGGUAGCAGCCUGCAUGUUUCCAUGGAGGUUUUCUGCCCGAGAACAGAGAAGGGCUCCAGGACGUGAAUUUUAUAAAUACUUGUGGUGAUAAGAGAAAUCUUGGCUUACAAUGCCCACUCGAUGAAAUACAAAUCAGAAGAACAGCUUUCAUUAGCUGUUUCAUUAGUUGCUCAUGGGUUUACUUAUUAGAAGAUGCAAACAGAUGGUACAGCUGCAUGCAGACCCUACCUCUCCCUCUCCUGGUAAAUACAAAAUUCUGCGUAUAGUGCUUUUGAGUUUCUGUCCAGCAGCUUCCAUGUCCAGCACUUAUAAACAACCUUUCCUCUCAGUUGUCCUAGCACCUGGCUUGGUGGCCCACAGGGUCACCUUCCUUGUCAUUUGUGCAUAACACAAUUGCUAGGAAGCCUCAAAGUGCAGAGUGCUGGCUUAAGCCAAGAUAUAAUAGACAUGAGGAAGGAGGGCCUGAGCCCUCCUUGUUGUCUGUGAAAUGGCAUCUCCAGUUGCUGUGCCACUGCUGGGGAACUGAUACAGCCCUGAGACAGUGCCACAGCAACCUGCUGUUCUCCAGAUCUGGGUGUUACUGGCAUGUAAAGGCUGACCCAAGCAGGGUUUUGUGGCAGCGGGCCAUAUGUUUAACCUUGACUACAGUGCCCUUUUCCAGAGACUGAUUGUGGUUUUCAUAUUAUCUAACAAGCUUGUCAUUUCCUGUACUAGUUGUAACACAGCUGAAUAUUUUCUAGGUUACCUAACCAAACUUCUUCAAAAUCAUACUGCUUAUGCCUGCGAUGGGGAACGUUUGAGUCUGCACUGUCCUCGGCAUUCAACAAUAAGUAUUCAGUCAGCACUUUACGGGCAAGACUACCAAAUGUGUGGCACACAACAGCCUGAAGCCAGAAUGACAGAACCCACAAACUGUGUGGCACCCACCUCCUUGCAGAAAGUACUGGAUGAAUGCCAAAACCUGAGAUCCUGCCAACUUCUUGUCAAUAGUCGGGUUUUUGGACCUGAUCUAUGUCCAGGGACCACUAAAUUCCUCCUUGUCUCCUUUAAAUGCAAACCUACUGAAUACAAAACCAAAUCAGCCUGUGAAAACCAGGAACUGAAACUCCACUGUCAAGAGUCCAAGUUCCUUAUUAUCUAUUCUGCCACCUACGGCAGUUGGGCACAUGAAGACAACAUCUGCUCAGCCAAGGCAGAACAAGUCCCUCAGUUUGUUCCAAAAUUCAUCCUCACAGCUGUCAACCACCUGGUAACUCACAACAAUUCUUCCGUGAAGCAGAAUGAUGGUGAACGUGGUAUCGAUAUCAAUCCAAAGGAAUCGAGAUCUCCAAAGAAAGAUGGCACCAUUGUUAGCAACUCCUUGGCUACAUUUGCAUACAUUAGAGAUCACCCGGAAAGAGCUGCUCUGCUGUUUGUGUCCAGUGUUUGUGUGGGAUUAAUCCUCACACUGUGUGCUUUGGUGAUCCGCGUGUCCUGCUUUAAAGACUUCCAGAAACUGCAGGGAAAGAAGGAGCACUUGGUGCCAGAAAGUGAUGGAGUGGAGGAGAGCAGUGAGAGCGAGGAGGAGGAAGAUGAAGACUCCUCUGGGUCAGAGCUGCCGGACGAGCUGGCAGAACUUUAUAGACCUUCUUACUCAGGUUAUAACUCAGCGGAAGCAGCGGACCUGGCUGAGCGGAUAGAGCGGAGGGAGCAGAUCAUGCAAGAAAUUUGGAUGAACAGUGGUUUGGAUAUGACACCGCCCAGAAAUAUGAACACAUUUUAUAUCAAUGAGGAAUAGUGGCUUAUUUCGGAUGAUGCUCUUGCCUUUUUUUUUUUUUUUUUUUUAAAAAAAAGAAGAAAUGUACCUUCUGUGAAGGAACAUUUGUAACAGUACAGAUAAUUAUUUGUAAAGUAAGAAGAAAUACAUACAAUAAAAGAGAGUUUCAAGCCCUU